GUAAUCUUUAAUUCUUUUUGAAAUAUUAAUAAUAAAAAUAAUAAAAAUAAUCUGCUCCCCUAAUCUAAUCUACUUUCAUCAUCAUUUCUUUUUUAAAUUUAUUAACUUUAAUUUAAUUUAUGCAACAGCACUGGCCCCAGUUUAGACCAAAAGCAGAAAAAAAAAGAGAGAGAAAUCACAUUCUCCCAUUGCUUCUCUCAAACGGCAUUCUCCUUCUCCUUUUCACACUCCCUCACUCACUAUCCCCCACUCUCUCUCUUUCACUCUCACUUUCUCUCUCCUCCUCCUCCUCCUCCUCCUCCUUUCACCAGUUGCUCAACAACUGAAUACCUCUUACAUUUUUCUGCUCACCCUAAAAAUGUCCAGAGAAUUCCUCUAGUUUCUCCAUUAUCACCUCCCAUUUCCUGCAAAUACCCAAAAAAAAUAGAAAAAUCAUUGCAUGAUUUGGGUUUUUUUUCUUUAUUAAUAAAAUAAGAAAUGGAGAGGAAACAGGGUUUUUUCUCAGCAUUAAAAGAUGAAGUAGUAAGAGGCUUAUCUCCAGGAAAAUCAAGGUCUAGAAGUCCAGCAAGAAGUGGGUCAGCCAUGACUGGUUUACUUCGACGGCGGAAAGGCCACCACGUGGCAAUACCAGAGGUGUUAAUCGCGAGAUCCGGUAGCUUAAGGCCGCCGGAGAUGUUAUCGCCGUUAAGAGAGGGUCCUGACCAGUGCAGCUCACGUGAGGAGAGAGAAGAAGGAGGAUGGGCCCACUGGAUGAAACGGAAUCCCUCGGUUUCCGGUUCAUCUUCAUCUUCUUCCUCGGCUGCUUGUAAAAGGUCGGAUCUGAGACUUUUACUUGGUGUUUUGGGUGCGCCGCUUGCUCCGGUGCACGUUAGCGCCACUGAGCCCCUUCCUCAUCUCAGCAUCAAAGACACUCCCAUUGAAACUUCAUCUGCACAGUAUAUUUUGCAACAAUAUACGGCUGCUUCUGGAGGGUUGAAGCUUCAAAAUUCUAUCCAUAAUGCAUAUGCUAUGGGCAAGUUAAAGAUGCUAGCUUCUGAUAUUGAGACUCCUAAUAAAGUCAUUAAGAACAGAAACUCUUCCAAGUCUGCAGAGUCUGGUGGAUUUGUGUUAUGGCAGAUGAAUCCUGACAUGUGGUAUGUUGAGCUUGCACUUGGUGGUAGCAAGGUUCAUGCUGGUUGCAACGGGAAGCUAGUUUGGAGGCACACUCCUUGGCUUGGGGCACAUGCUGCUAAAGGUCCUGUUAGACCCCUUCGACGUGCACUUCAGGGUCUUGAUCCAAGAACCACAGCAGCAAUGUUUACAAAUGCAAGAUGUAUUGGUGAAAAGAAGAUUAAUGGAGAAGAUUGCUUCAUCCUGAAACUGUGUGCUGAUCCCAAGACGUUGAAGGCCAGAAGUGAAGGGCCUGCUGAAAUUAUACGCCAUGUAUUGUUUGGUUACUUCAGUCAGAAAACAGGGCUUCUUGUACACAUUGAAGAUUCUCAUUUAACCCGCAUUCAGUCUAACGGAGGAGAUGCUGUAUAUUGGGAAACUACGAUUAAUUCAUGUCUUGAUGAUUACAGGCCUGUGGAAGGUAUAAUGAUUGCUCAUUCUGGACGUUCUGUGGUGACCCUUUUUAGAUUUGGGGAAACAGCAAUGAGCCACACAAAGACAAGGAUGGAAGAAGCUUGGACAAUUGAAGAAGUAGCUUUCAAUGUCCCUGGCUUGUCGAUGGACUGUUUUAUCCCUCCUGCUGAGAUUAGAUAUAGCUCUGUUGGAGACACUUGUGAGCUCCCCCAUGGUGAUAGGCUGAAGACCAUGUCUGCAACAGCAGCAGCAUAUCGAGCCAAAGUUGCUUCAAUGGACAGAUCAUAUGAUAACAAUAUGGGUAACAUUACCUGGCAGAUGGAUGAUAUGCAUGUUUGAUGGUGGUUUUAUUCUGGAAUUCUCCAUACAGGUUAGUAACAGGGUAGCUAGACUUGUAGAACAUAGGAUUUUUAAGGUUUUGUGUGUAGGAGCUUUCUUCCCUUUAGCAGAAAUUUUCCAUUGGAUUCUUUUUUCCCAUUGAAUCUGUAAAUAGGAGCACAAUGAUUCACAAGAAGACUCUUUUACAAAAGGGCAAGUGAGCUUUCACUGUGCAAAUGUGAAUUUUACUGCGAAUCUUUGUGUUGAGAGGGGGUCUCAUGUGGAUCUUGAAUCUAAUGGAUUCUGCGAUUUAGUACUUUCCUUGAACUGAUGGUAUAAAAUUAUCAUCGUCUUUGUAACAUUAGUUGAAGUAUUGAUUCUGCUGACCUAAUGAUGAUGAAAUAUCUUCAAAUUAUCUUGUA